UCAGCUGUGGGAAGUAAUCCUUUAUGUCGUAUCGCCCGUGAGUGUAACUGUCCCCCCGGUUCUACGAGGACAGCCGCCCCCGUGUUGAGGGGCGGUAUCCUGGAGUUAUCCCCCCUCCUCUUGUCGUCACAGCAGCUCUAUACUAACACUCUGCGUGCGCCCGCCAGGCUGGACCACUACCUCCGACUUUCCCACCCUCCACACGGACCAAACCGCUCGGGAAACAAGGCAGAUUAGCACCGAAAAUGGCUACGGAACACCUGGAAAUGAACGGUGUUGCUGACCGAAACGGCGAGGCUGAGUUACCGCUGCGAGGCCCGUGGAGGAGGCCACAGGGACCCCUCAACAUGAACCAUUAUGCCAAUAAGAAGAGUGCAGCAGAGAGCAUGCUGGACGUAGCUCUACUGAUGGCUAAUGCCUCACAGCUGAAGGCUGUGCUGGAGCAAGGACCAGGUUUCUCCCUCUAUGUGCCCCUCAUUACUCUCAUUAGCAUCUCUCUCAUCCUUCAAAUCGUGGUGGGAGUUAUGCUCAUCUUCAUAGUUAAGUGGAACCUGAACGAUGAGAGCAUGCACUACAGGCUGAACAUUAUGGAGAAUAUGACCACAGCCUUUGUCUUUGUCAUAGUCGUAGUCAACGUCUUCAUCACCGCCUUCGGUGUCCAGCGGCCAGUCCCAAAUGCUUAAUCACCCUUCACGUGACUCGCAAUGCCUGCUGAUCACCUUAUCAAAGACGGACUUCUGCGUUAUUUGUACAAAAGGAGGGGAUAUUUAUUCACCAAACUACAGGGCAUGCAGGUGCAUUUCCUUUUCUGUAACUCAAUCUCCCUGGCUUGAGGAGACACAACGUACCCCGCGGAUCAAGUAACACUGUCUGCUGUAUGAAUGUGUGUGUGUGUGUGUGUGUGUGUGCCCCUCUUCUUCAAGCAUGUCUGUGGACAAAUGUGUGGUCAUCUUUUGUUUCAUGUGGCAGUCCUCCCCUUUGUUACCUCUUAUCAUGCUCAGGUCACUGAUGCAAAUAAAUGAUUGCCUUUUACUUAGAGGACAAACAUAUCAGGAGCAAUAUACUGUGUGUCACAACCACUGUGAAUGUUUCCUGAAAAACAUACAAAAAAACAACAAAAAAAAAACAACCACCACAGCAAGUGCAACAGGAGCCAUCUUGGCUCUACUACUGCUCCUGGCUUCAUUUUGGGGGCAAACGUACUGUCAUACAGUGUUUUAAACCUCAACCAAAUGAUAAAGUGGACCUUACAUGCUUGUUUUUUGUUUAUGUUCUAUGCAAAGUCUUGUGUGUAAUGUUUGUAUCUGAUUUACAUGUAAAUGUAUUAGCUGAUGUAUGUAUUUGUGGAUUUAAGUAUGUAGUGUAAUUUGUUACUUUUAAGCUUUUUUCUUUAAAUCAUAGUUUUUAAAGGACCAAACAUUUUCUUAGCUUUUGCUAAACUAUACUAGUAUUGAUAUAUGGCAGUACUGUACUUUUUUAAAUAAAAUUUAAACAUAAAACUAAAAAAAAAAAAAA